GGCAUGCGCAGUAAAGUUAAGUGUCAGAGACCGAAGCUAUCGGUUGUUUUUGUUUGUGUGGUCGACAGAACCCCGGUGAGACUUCCAUUUCCCCUUGCUGUACAUCCGUUACAACCGGAGUUUUAACUGAACUGACAAACAGACUGCUACCAUGGGUGCCGGUUCGAGCACCGAGACGGAAAGGGAGCCGCUUAUAGUCCCUUCUCAUUCGGAGACAAACAGUCAACCAGUAAACAGCAGAGUGUACGGAAGAAGAUGGCUGGUUCUGACCCUGUUUUCCCUGCUGGCAUUAUUGCAGGGGAUGGUGUGGAACUUCUGGGGUCCCAUCCAGAACUCGGCCGUUCACGCGUACGGCUUCACUAAGUCGGACAUUGCAGUUCUGGUAAUGUGGGGCCCGGUGGGUUUCGUUCCCUGGCUGCUGUUUAUGUGGUUAAUGGAUAAAAAAGGUUUGCGGGCAUCCCUCCUCCUCUCUGCGUUCUUCAUGCUGCUAGGAGCUGCUCUAAGGAGCAUCCCACUGACAGACCAGCAUCUCAGACGAUGGUUGAUACACGGAGGUCAGUUUCUGAACGGUUUAGCCGGCCCAACCAUAAUGAGUGCCGGCCCCUUCCUCUCCACCACAUGGUUCGCCCCUGACCAGAGAGCCACCGCUACAGCCGUGGCCUCACUCUUCUCCUACUUAGGAGGCGCUGCUUCAUUUAUAGUAGGACCUCUGGUAGUACCAGCCCCCAAUGACACCCUGACAGUAACCACGAUGGCAGCAGCGGUUUCCGACAGCUCCAUACAAGACAGGAUCCAGCUGGUCAUGUAUGCAGAGUUGGCUGCAAUUGCUGUGCUUUUUGCAGCAGUCCUGCUCUAUUUCCCUUCACGGCCACCGAUGCCUCCCAGUGUGGCCGCUGCAAGCCAGAGACUCAGUUACAGGAGCAGCAUCUGCAGACUUCUUAGUAACCUGCGAUUCCUGAUGAUAGCUUUGGCCUAUGCAGUCCCCACAGGAGUGAUUGCUGGCUGGACGGGAGUCCUCGACAUGGUCCUUACACCAGCCAAAGUCAGCCAGGUGGACGCAGGUUGGAUUGGUUUCUGGUCGACUGUUGGUGGAUGUGUGUUUGGAGUAGCAAUGGCCAGGUUUGCAGACUCUAUUCGGGGGAUGCUGAAGCUGAUUCUGGUGCUGAUGCUGGCAGGAGCCUCACUGUCCUCUACCUGGUUCACACUAACUUGUCUGAGCAGAGUCACUCACCUCCCCUCUACUGCAGUCUGCAGCAGCCAGGCUCCAACCUCGUUCAUCCACCUGGCAUAUCAUACAAGAGGAUAGAGUGAUACUGCAACAGAAUCUGCCAAAACACCUCAUUAUACCAGUGUGGGAUGGUCAGGACACACACAGAUCUAACUACAGAGUUAUCUGCAGUUUGUGAACAAGUGACCAGUCUUUUGAAAAAUAAAAAUCUUUAAAUAAUUUGCAUAGUUGUGCGUUUUGGUUUUACUGUGGUCCUAUCUAAAGGCCUUGACAUGUGCUGUGACACUGUUAAUUCUGGCCACUUGACAGGUGAUUCUGAUUCCUCCAUGGCAGAUAAACACGUUACACACUCUACUAGCCAUCCGAAAGCUCCUGUGGGUCGGACGAAAGAAGCAGUAUUUCACUAUUUUCUGAAAUUUUAUAGACCAAAAGAUUGAAAUAUUAAUCAAGAAAAUUAUCUGCAGAUUAAUCAAUAAUGGAAAUAAUUGUUAGUUAUUAGACCCCCAAUAUAAUUUCUAGAAAAAACAUUGUCCUGACUAUAGGCCAACGAGGUACAUCCCAUGUUCCUCUGCUGCUGUUCUCACCACAGGUCUUCCUUCCUACAAGGGAUCUCCCACUGCCUACUGGGAAUUGGUGCCAGAUAGCCUAAUUCAAUAACGUGAGGGGAAAAGUGCAGUGGUUGAAGCACUCUUAAGUGUUUGAUAUCAGUGCUUCAUUAGGGUUGAAUAAAGACGAACAGGGGAGAAGGCUGCCUUUGAUGGCUGCAUGAGUGGCUCCUGAGUUCCCCAUCACAGGCAGGCAGGCAUGCACAUGAGGGCCCUCUGAGGCAUUGUGAUUAAAGGGACGUGCAGGCUAAUGGGUAGCUCAUUUGGACCAAUCUGCUGUGAUAAGGGAGAUGGAGGGUGCCGUGAUGCUCCAGAGGUGACGGCUUAAUCUCUCCACACAUCCACUCUAAUACACAUUCACACAUUUUACUUUAGUCCCCAGCCAAAGGACUGCAGCUGAGACUAAACCCUGAGCUGGCCAAACAUACUGAACGCUUUCUGAUUGCUCUGCAGACAUGAACACACAAACACACACAUGUAUGUUGUAGCAAGAAGCCUAUAUUACACAAACCUUUGCAAAAGAGGUUAAUUGUGGGAAAUAGAUUGAGCCAGUCAGCACAUCAUGAUUUUAAAUAAAAAAAUGUACUAUACUGAAUUUUAAUUAAAUUUUUUUUCAAUUCAACCAAGAAGUGCACCCAAAUUAAACCAGCAGCAGCCAGCUUGGACAGUAACAUUCUCGGCAUGCUUGAGGAGCAAAUAAGACACGCUGUUUACUGCAUGCUUGAGGAGCAAAUAAGACAAGCUGUUUACUAUGUGGACAUCUGCACAUUUUGGCAAAAGAAUCAGAGAUUAGAUUUUAAUAUACUGUAGAAUCCUGAGUGUGCAAGUAAACUAAAAACAGCAAAAUAUUACAAAAGAAAUUCAAAUUUAAUUGCUCACAGUGCCAUCAAAAUGUUCUUGUGACACCUGAUGACAGGGAGGAAAGUCUCUCUUUUUGGGGAUGGAGGGGUCUUUUUUGCCUUUAUUUGAUACUGCAGAAGAUAGACAGGAAAGGGGGAGAUGACAUGCAGCAAAAGGCUAUGGGGCUGGACUUGAACCCAGGCUGCUGCGGUAAGGACUCCUCCUUGGUAUAUGGUGCACACGCUCUACCAGGUGAGCUACCAGGGCGCCCCCGCACGUCCCUCUUUAUGGAGUGUUAUAAGUAGGGCUGGAUAUCAAACGUUCUUGGUUUUUUUGUUCAUAGAGAAUCAAACAUUGUUGUAGUACCGAAGGUGACAGGGAAUGCUUGGUCAGAUUCAUAACCUUAAAACAUGAAAUAGGACUGUGAUAUAAACAAAGGAAGUAAGCCAGAAACACACAGUUCAAACAACAAACUUGACAAAUUCAACAUGUGACACUGUAGACCAGGUGAAGGUGAAGGCGAUGGUGGAGUUGGGGGAGAUGUGACAUGAUGUUGUGGUUGAUAGAUCCAUACACCUACGGUAUUUUGGUUUUGUCUCUGGUAAAUUGCUACCUUAAAGGGUGGCAUUCUAAUUGAAAUGUUGUUUCAGGAUGAGGGUUCAUCAUACACUCUGGUGCUGCUGAGAACAAAUGUUGCAGUAGGAAGCUGUGGAAGGUGUUCCAUAAACCUGACCAGUAUGCCAUCCUUUUACAUCACAGUUUCCAAUCAAACUGUAACUUAUUGUUGUUCUACUGUUUAUUUUGCCCUU